CUUGCCCUCCGUGGGUUCGUGUAAAUUCGUCUGCGGCCAAGGAGCCACGCAGGUGUUCGCGUUGGUUCCCCUGCGAGGCCGCCGCCUCCUCCUUCUUCUUCGAUGACGAUGAUGCUGAGGAGCUCCUCCACGCCUCUCCUCGGUUCCCUCCUGUCCUCCCCUGGGCACCACCACCACGCCUCCGAUAGCCCCCAUCACCACCACCCCUUCACCUGCCAGUUCUGUCCCCCCUCCGCCUCCGACAGCGCGCACGACUCAGCUGGCUUCCUCCGCCGCACUCUCUCCGAAGGAAAUCUCCGGUCAGUCUUCUCCGAUGAUCUGCCGUCCAAGUCUUCCUCCGCCGCCGCCCGUCGCGCCGCCCAUCCCUCGCCCCACGGCAUCUCCUCCUCGCUCUACAACCCCACCACGGUCGCCGAGGAGGACGAGGCCCGAGAGGACGACGUCUCCGACGAGGAACUCGACUUCGUGCCCGGGCUGAAGCGAUGCGAGUCGGGAAGCCCCGCCCUGCCGCCUCUCUUCCUCGCGCGAGGGCUCGGGAUCGACCGCCUCGGCUCGGGGCUGCUCACCGCCAGCGUCGACUGGGGGAGCAGCAUCGCCGGCGGCCUGCACUCGGAUGUGGAGGCGCACUUCAAGAAGAUGGUGGAGGAGAACCCGAGCAACGCUCUGUUCUUGAGGAACUACGCCGAGUUCCUCUACCAAACGAAGGGAGACCUCCGACGAGCGGAGGAAUACUACUCGCGAGCGAUCCUGGCGGAGCCUGACGACGGAGAGACCCUGUCGCAGUACGCUACGGUAGUGUGGGAGCUGCACCACGACGUGGAACGAGCUUCCUCUUACUUCCAACAGGCGGUUCAAGCAGCUCCACAGGAUAGCCAUGUCUUUGCAGCGUACGCUGGCUUCUUGUGGGAAACAGAGGAAGACGUAGCAGAAGAAAGCAUCCCUUUCGCAACGCCAGAUUUCGCUGCUGAUCAGGGCGGAAUGGUCGCUCCGGUGACUGCUUGAAGUUGAUGCCGAUACGAGAAGAAGGCCAUAUAAAAUGUUUAAUGUUUAAUGUUUAAUGUUACUUUGCCUUUGCUUAUUGUAAAUGAAUGAAUCACUAUAUAUAAAUAUUUAGUUUUUA